AUGGCCGACGCGGUACUGGGCAGCGUGACAAACGCUCUCGAUAUUGUGUUCAAGAUCAAACAUGCUGUGGAUACAGUUAAACGGAAUGAAAAGGAAUGCCAAAAGAUCAAGAGGCGUGUGGAGAGGGUCGGGCACACGCUCGCGUUGUGCCAAAAGGACGCGGAGCUAAUGAACCCCGAGGGGAGCGGCACUGCACUGGAGGCGCUGCGUGAGAUCCUCGCCGAGGCGCUCGAGCUCGUCACAGACUGCCAGGAAGAGACCAACAUGUGUUGUCUCCUCAUAAAGGCCGGGGAGAUGUCCAAGCAGCUCAACCAGGUGGACCAGAGUAUAUCUUGUAUAAACUCCGAGGUGUCGCUUGCCAUCAUGGUCUGCAUUGCGCCGCGCACCAAGCCACUUAAACUCUACCAAGUACCGGAUGGACAAGGCCGUUCGCUCCAAUUGGACAAACGAACACGGAGUGUACCACAUACAAUUUCUGAAGUUGCCGUUGAGAUAAAGGUAGCGUUGGACAAAGUUCAGAGGAACAAGGUAGAGUGCAAUGAAAUUGAAAAGCGUGUGAAUGGAGUCAACGCCCUCCUUUCACAGUUUGGAAAUACAGAACUCAUGAAGGACCCAUACAUGAGGGCUUCAAUAGAAAAGCUACAUACAACCUUUUGCAUUGCUCGCACACUCGUCAUGGUUUGUCAGAAAAGAAAUAUCAUUUUCAUCCGAUCUGGUUGGGAGUUGUCAAAACAGUUACAUGAGGUACUAGAGAAAAUUGAUCUUGCCCUUGAUGAGAUGAUCACCAUCAGUUCUGGCUAUGAAUGUACAGUGUGA